AGUGCGAGUGCAGAGGAGGCUCCUGUGACCCACGCACGGGGGAGUGCACCUGCUCCAACGGGCUGACCGGGAAGCAGUGCGAUGUCUGCGUGCACGAGUAUGAGGUCCCCGUGGCAAACGGUCCGGACAGCACGAGGUGUGAAGUGUGCGACGGCUGUGUCCUGCUGCUGCUGGAGGAUCUGCAGAGCAUGGAGAUGUCCUUCCCCUCCAUUCACAGCCAGCUGGUCAACCUCAACGCCAGCUCCAUCGCCUGGGCUCGCCUCCACAGUCUCAACAGCACUAUGGCGACUGUCGCUAACCAGCUGCGUGAGUACCAGAGAGCCACAAACAAGGUCAGGCAAAGGGCUGACGAGCUGGAGGAUGAGAACACGGACCUCACGCAGGACCUGAACGCGCUGCAGCACAAAAUGACAAUGACCCACAGAGAAGCAAACCGGAUUGAGCAGCACGCGAGGGAGACUCACCAGAGGGGGGAGCAGCUCGUGCUGAAUAUCCAGAGCAUUCAGAAAGGCAUUGCAGACUUGGUGCAGCAGAUGGCCAGGUUUGGGGCAGCGAACGCCAGCACCACCUCCACGGAGGAGUUCCGUCGGAAGAUGGCCGAGGUGGAACGGAUGCUGAGGGAGAUGAAGGAGCGGAGCCUGGGCAGCCAGGAGGAGCUGGCAAGGCGCGAGCACGAGGAGGCCCAGAAGCUGCUGCAUCGGGUGAAGAGUGAGCUGCACGCUCGCUGGGAGUCCAACCAGGACCUGGUGAGCAGCAUCCGGGACCAGCUGGCACAGCACAGCUCCCAGCUGAUGGAUCUCCGCGACGCCCUCAACGAGGCUGUGAACAAAACCAGGCAGACAGAGGACUUGAACAGCCUGAACCGCAACAAUCUGGAGGAGAGUCAGCAAAAGAGCCGUGAACUCCAAAAGCAGCAUGCGCUGGUGCAGGAGACCCUGAGGAUGGCCAAGGACUCUCUGGCCCAGGUCUCCGACUUCCUGCAAAAGAUGGAGCACACGAAGGAGGAGUACGAGAAGCUGGCAGCCUUGCUGGAUGGGGCAAAGCUGCCCUUGACCGAGCGGGUGAAGAAGUUCUCCCCAGCCAGCAGCAAGAUUCCCAUCGUGGAGCAGGCAGAGGAGCAUGCUCGGCUCCUGGAUGAGCUUGCAAGGAACCUCUCCAGCAUUAUCCAGGGCACAAACCAGGAUGGCUUUAUCCAGCGGGCGAUCGAUGCCUCCAACGCCUACGCCAGCAUCAUUGAAGCUGUAAAAAAAGCCGAGCGAGCAGCCCACGAUGCUGAUGAGGCAGCCAGCGAGGCUUUGAUGAGUGUCAUAUCAGAAAAUCUUGGGGCCAUCUCUAAAGAGCUGAAGAGGAACAGCAGCAACCUGGAGGAGGCUGUGAGGAGAGAGCAGAGAAAACUCAACGGGGCUAUUAAAGGCACUCUGCAGGCGGCAAAGGACAAGCUGGCUGACCUCCGUGUGAAGAAGGAGCAGCUCCUGAGCCAGCUCCAGUCUGUGCAGGACAUGCUGGGCAGGGAGCAAGGUUUGUCCUGGGGACAUAUCAGGAAGGCCAAAGCAGCAGCUGCUGAGGCCAACGAAACAGCUGCGAGCGUGGAAGAUACCCUGAGCACCAUGAAGAAGAAUCUGGAUGAGUGGAAAGACCAGUACGGAGACCUUCGAAAUGAAGACCUGAACCAGGCAGUCCAGGAUGCCAGGAAAUCUGUGUCCAGCCUGGAAAGCACCAUCCCGCUGCUGCUGGAGAAGCUGAGCAGCCUGGAGAACAGGAGGAACAAGAAUGCCACUGUGUCGGAGAACAUCGUGCGGAUCCGACAGCUCAUCACGCAGGCGAGGAACGCUGCCAGCAAGGUGAAAGUCCCCAUGAAGUUCAACGGCAGCUCGGGUGUGCAGGUCCGGAUGCCCAGCAACCUGCAGGAUUUGGCAGCCUAUACAUCCCUCAAAUUCUACAUCCAAAACCCUGAGCCCAGGAGCCGUCAGCGACGGCAGGACGAGACAGAGGAGGGGCGGUUUGUGUUGUACCUGGGCAGCCGGGAGGCCACUGGAGACUACCUGGGCAUCGUGCUCAAGGACCACAGAGUGCAGUGGGUCUACAGACUGGGCAGUGAGGAGCCAGCAACCCUGACUGUUGACGAGGAUAUUGGAGAGCAGUUUGCCACCAUCAGCAUCAACAGGAUCCUGCAGUACGGACACAUGUCAGUCAUCGUGGAGAGGCAGACGGUGCACGAGACGAAGGGAGACAGCGUGGCCAAGGGGGAGCAGGGGCUGCUCAACCUCGACCCGCACAACGUUGUCUUCUAUGUGGGUGGCUACCCUUCCAGCUUCACGCCUCCUCCCACCUUGCGCUAUCCCAACUACCGUGGGUGCCUGGAGCUGGACACACUGAACGAGGAGGUGGUGAGCCUGUACAACUUCGAACACACCUUCCAGGUGGAUACCACUGCCGAGAAGCCCUGUGCAAGGUCAAAGUCCACAGGAGACCCCUGGCUGACUGAUGGCUCCUACUUCGAUGGCACUGGUUAUGCAGAGAUCAAGUUUGAGAGCCAGUUUGGCACAACCAAGCGCUUCGAGCAGGAGAUCCGGGUGGUCUCCUACAAUGGCAUCCUCUUCUUCCUGGAGAAUCAGGGUCAGUUCCUGUGUCUGGCCAUCCGGAACGGGAAGCUGGUGCUUUACUAUGACUUCAGCACCGGCCUGGAGAUGGCAAAGCCCAGCAGCAACUCCUCCUCCCUCGCCAUCAGCAGCACGGCAAACAAAGCGAUCCAGAUUUUCCUCCUCAAAAUGAAUAACAAGAAGCGCAUCCUGGUGCGGCUGGAGCGCCUCACCAUCUUCAUGGUGGAGCAGGAGAACUCCUUGGAGAACGCUGUGUCCUACUACCUGGGCGGUGUGCCCCCAGCUGUGCUCCCCCCGAGCUUGAAAGCGCUCUUCCCCACGGGUGGGCCCAUCCGGGGCUGCAUGAAGGGCUUGAAGGCUCUUGGCAAAUAUGUUGACCUGAAGCGCAUGAGCACCGUCGGCGUGAGCUAUGGCUGCACCUCGGACCUCCUGGUGGCUCGCUCAGUCAGCCUCCAUGGCCACGGCUACCUGACUCUGGCCCUGAAGGACGUGCCAGGGCUGCGGGACUUCUACAGCGGCUUCAGCUUCCGGACGAGCCAGCGUGAGGGGCUGCUCUACCACCACCCUGCCCAGGAGGGGAUGUGCCAGGUGUCACUCCAGAGGGGGCAGCUGACCUUGAACCUGCUGGAAACAGAAGUCGUCACUGGAAAUGCCUUUGCGGAUAACAGGACCCACUACGUGGCCUUCUACAGCGAUGCCCGUGGGGUCCGGCUGUACGUGGAUGACGAGCUGCAGGACACGGCGCCAGGCCCUGCGUCCAGCCGGCGGCAGCAGGACGGGCAGCUGCUCUUCCAGCUCGGGGGCUCACCAGAGCCCGGUGCCCUCAGCAACCUCACCGGCUGCAUCGGGAAUGUCUUCGUCAAGCGGGUGUCCGAGCCACAGAUGGUGGUGGACCUGCAGCAGAAUGUGGAGAGCAUCAACGUCACCAUGAGCUGUCCUGGGGGCGAGGAGGCACAGCAGCCCAGAGUCAUCACGAAAAAGGACAGAUGGAAACCCAAGGUGCUGGGCAAGCCUGCCUCGAAGGACCGCCGCCACGAUCGGGGUGGGCUCUGCCGGCUGCAUCCACAGCCCCACGCAGCCAGGGACACCUUCCGCUUCGGGGGUGCCCCAAGCAGUCGCUGGGAGUUCGAGGAGAUCCCAGCCUCCUUCAGCCAGAGGUCCCAGUUCUCGCUGGAGGUGAAGCUGAACUCCUCCAGUGGGCUGCUUUUCUAUGUGGCGGGCAAACGGGACACCUUCAUGGCUCUCUUUGUCUCCAACGGCCGCUUUGUCUUCUUGAUGGACGUCGGUGGGCACCGGCUGCGUAUCCGCAGCAAGGACAAGUACCGGGACCGGCGGUGGCACACGGUCGUCUUCAGCAGAGCCCAGCGCCGAGCCCAGCUGGUCAUUGAUGGGCAGCGAGCCCAGGAUGCUGCAGUGGCCACCGCGGGGCCCUUUGUGGCUCGGACCCCCUUGUACGUGGGCGGGAUCCCAGCUGGAAAAGCCAAGGCUCACAUACCGGUAAGGUUUGGUGGUCCCAUGGCCGGCUGCCUGAGGGACCUGCGGCUGGACGGGAGGGCCCUGGGUCCCCCCUCACGCUCCUUCGGGGUGACGCCGUGCUACGAGGGCGCGCUGGAGAGCGGCGUCUUCUUCGCUGCCGAAGGCGGGUCCGUCGUCCUAGCUGAUACAGUGGCAACCGAGCAGGACUUGGAGGUGACACUCGAGGUCCGUCCCCGCAGCGCCUCUGGCCUCAUCUUCCACGUCGGCAUGAGGAGAAGCCACCAUCUCCUGCUGUACAUGGAGGAGACAAAGGUCACGGUGAGAGCGAACUCUGGGGCUGGCGAGUUCUCUGCAUCGGUGAAGAGCCCGUCCCUGUGCGACGGGCAGUGGCACACCAUCGCAGUUACCAAACGGAAAAACGUCAUCCAGGUUGAUGUGGACACGGAAGGCAACUACACCGUGGGACCCAGCCAGCCUCCUGCCCCCCGUGCAAGGGCAACCUUCUGCCUGGGAGGGCUCCCAGAGACGAAGGCCGGCACGGUGUGGCCGUUACCUCCCCUCCCUCAUUACGGGGGCUGCGUGGGGAACCUGGUGAUUAACCGGAGCCACGUGGACCUGCCGCGAGCGGGGACGUUCAGGGGCUCCGUUGGCCUCACGGGCUGCCCCGUGCUGUAA